CGCCUGCGAGGGGGGAAAAAAAAAAAAAAAAAAAGCGAUUCAGUCCUGAAUAAACAUGGACAGCACAGCGCCCCUUCUUGAAAUAAGACGUUACUUCCGCCCCAAACAAAGAUGGAACAGCGAGCGAGCGGCGGACGCGACCGGAAGAGGUCAAAACGAGGGCGCUUCCGACCUUUCCCAAGAUGGCGCCGGCGGAAGGGACCGGGUACCGCCGAGAGGGGAUGGCAGCGUCGAGGCUGGAGCUGAACCUGGUGCGGCUGCUCUGCCGCUGCGAAACGAUGGCAGCGGAGAAGCGGGACCCGGACGAGUGGCGUCUGGAAAAGUACGUGGGAGCUCUCGAGGACAUGCUGCAGGCCCUGAAAACCCAGGCAAGCAAACCGGCCUCCGAGGUGAUCAAUGAAUAUUCCCGCAAGGUCGAUUUCCUGAAGGGGAUGCUGCAGGCGGAGAAGCUGACCUCCUCCUCAGAGAAAGCACUAGCCAACCAGUUCCUGGCCCCUGGCCGUGUACCAACCACAGCCAGGGAGCGGGUACCCGCCACGAAGACAGUGCAUCUGCAGUCCCGGGCACGGUACACCAGCGAAAUGCGGAGUGAGCUGCUAGGCACGGACUCUGCUGGAGGUGAAGAGCACAUACAUCCCCAGGGGCAUCACCUAGUUAAGCCUGAUGGGGGUGCCAGGACAGAGGAGGUGGGCCCCAGAGGAAAUAAAGCCGGAUACACCCAGCCCACAGAGCCCGAGCUGGAUGUGAGGAAGAGAACUGGGGUGGCAGGGCCCAGGCCAGGGGAUGAGAAACAGUCGGCAGCCGAACUAGACCUCGUCCUGCAGCGACAUCAGAACCUCCAGGAGAAGCUGGCAGAGGAGAUGCUAGGCCUGGCCCGGAGCCUCAAGACCAACACACUGGCCGCGCAGAGCGUCAUUAAGAAGGACAACCAGACCCUGUCGCACUCACUCAAGAUGGCUGACCAGAACCUGGAGAAGCUGAAGACAGAGUCGGAGCGGCUGGAGCAACACACGCAGAAGUCGGUCAACUGGCUGCUCUGGGCCAUGCUUGUUAUCGUCUGCUUCAUCUUCGUCAGCAUGGUGCUCUUCAUCCGCAUCAUGCCCAAACUCAAAUAAAGAGCUGUGCUGGC